CACUAGUCAGGACUCAAUAAUGUCAGAGGGACAAGGGAAGAGCUUUUCAAAGCUGGAGCCAAGACCCUCUCCUUUAUCCAAGUGAAUUUUGAGGGGGAGGGGGGAGGGGCUCCCUAAUCACACAUCUAGUGCCAAAGUUGUGACUCUCCACACCUUAAGUUUCCAGAUCUUUGCAGAUCUACCUAAUGCUCUGCAGAGCUUCAAUGCGCGCGGUUUCGCUAUUGUUGGGCCGUCACCUCCCUUCUUCUGGAGGAGGCGCUGUUUCUUUGGUGGUGACUAGGUAAGAGGCCGUGCUCUGCAGGCCUCGGGCCUUCGUCGCUGACUGGGAAUUGCCUCCUCAAAGGGGGAGCGGGGAGGCCGAGGUCUCGCACCGCCCCGGAGCCGUCGGUCCUGCUCGCUGCCAGGCCCCCGGCCCCAGGAGACUGGGCGGGAGACGGUGACCGUGACGUUGCUCAGGCAGCCCCGAUAGCCCGGGUCUUUCGGGGAGAGGCGGACAAUCACCGACCGGCGCGGGACGGAGCUUCUUCAACUGUGGCCCCAGAGAGUGCUCGAUGCGCUUCCCGUCUCACCCCCGCGCCCCGGGCUGUGUAAAGCGCCGGACUCCGCCAUUUACCGGCUGAGCCCCCGGGCCAGGCCAGGCCGCUCUCUCAGCCCCCGGGCCAGGCCAGGCCGCUCUCUCAGCCCCCGGGCCAGGCCAGGCCGCUCUCUCAGCCCCCGGGCCAGGCCAGGCCGCUCUCUCAGCCCCCGCAGAUUCUCCGGACGCGCCAGUGAGACCGCGGAGCGCGGCGCAGAGCGGCCCCGGGGCGGCCGCCCCCUCUCUGCCGCCCCCUCUCGGCCGCCCCCUCUCUGCCGCCCCCCGGCCUCUCGCGUUCGGUCGGAUGCGGAGCCCUCACUGACGGAGCAACCGCGCAUAGUCUGGGUUUCUCCCCCUUUAGGGAGGACUCGCUGUCAAUCAUUUACCAGCGCGCCCCGCGUAGGGAGCAAACGGGAUUCGAACCGCAGACUUCAGUCUGACUCCAACAGCGACGUAGUUUCCAAAGCUCCGGGAGGGAGCGAGCUGCCGCGGCGCCUGCUGGGACUUGUAGGCAGGUUUCAAGGAGCCUCCCGAGGCCUUCUGGGAGUUGUAGUCUUGAGCGGCCACUUCCGGGCCUCGUUUCCUCGUGCUUGGGCCGGCUUGCCUGGUUGGCGGGUCUUUUGGAGGUGGGGGAGGUCUCCUCCUGAGCCGCCCGAGAUGCCCGUGCCCCGGUGCUCCGGACCCUGUGGGGGGGCCCGGCCGGCCGCCCUGAGGAGGCCCCGGACCGGCGGAGCCGUCUGCCGGACCUGCUUCUGCAGCGCCUUCGAGGCCGAGGUGCUGAGCACGCUGCAGACGGGCCGCUUGCUGCCGCCGGGGGCCGUCGUGGCCGUGGGCGCGUCGGGCGGCAAGGACUCCACCGUGCUGGCGCACGUGCUGCAGGUGCUGGACGCCCGCCACGCGCUGGGCCUGGACCUGCGGCUCGUGGCCGUGGACGAGGGCAUCGGCGGCUACCGGGACGCGGCGCUGGCGGCCGUGCGACGCCAGGCCGCGCGCUGGCAGCUGCCGCUCACCGUGGUGGCCUACGCCGAGCUCUUCGGGGGCUGGACCAUGGACGAGGUGGCCCGCCGCGCCGCGCAGGAGCCGGGCCGGGCCCGGGCCUGCUGCACCUUCUGCGGAGUCCUGCGGAGACGGGCGCUGGAGGAGGGGGCCCAGCGAGUGGGGGCCACGCACAUCGUCACAGGACACAACGCAGAUGACAUGGCAGAAACGGUGCUCAUGAACUUCCUCCGUGGGGACGCAGGCCGGCUGGCCCGAGGGGGGACGCUGGGCUCCCCCGGGGAGGGGGGCGCCCUGCCCCGCUGCCGCCCCCUCCAGUUUGCAUCUCAGAAGGAGAUCGUACUGUACGCCCAUUUCCAGGAGCUGGACUACUUCUCCGAAGAGUGCGUCUAUGCACCCGAGGCCUUCCGAGGCCACGUCCGGGACUUGCUCAAGGCCCUGGAGGCCGCCCGGCCUUCGGUUGUGCUGGACCUGGUGCACUCGGCUGAGCGCCUGGCCCUGGCCCCUGCUGCCCGGCCCCCACCCCCCGGCGCCUGCAUCCGCUGUGGGGCCCUGGCCAGCCGCUCCUUGUGCCAAGCCUGUGCCUUACUCGAUGGCCUCAACCGGGGACGGCCCCGUCUGGCCAUUGGCAAGGGCCGAAAGGGGUUGGGGGAGGAAGGGGAGAGAGAGGGUUGUACUUCUAAGACUAGGGGACGGCCCACCCUGGCUGGGGCCAUCCAGGCCUUUUAGAGCACAAGGCAGAGAAAUCCUGGGACCUCCUCGUGUGGUGAUGAUGGGUUCCAGUGUCCUCCUGAGGCUCUGCAGCGAAAGCCUAGGCCACACUUGGAGUUCUGGGCUCUUUCCCAGGUUUUAGGCCUCUUCUGGACUGAGGACUCUAGACCCCUCAGCUGGAGCCUGGAGUUCUCCGGAAGAUUGUGUUUUGCAUGGGGUUCUAGGUCUCUCAUAGCUUUCCAUGGGGUUUGGAGUUCUUGGUGGGAUUCUAGAUCUCCUGGGGAAGGGAUUCGAUGUGAAGAAUUGAAAUAAACCAAACAAGUCCUCCAUUGAGAAGGAUCUGAGCAGUA